UAAUUGGAAUUGUGUUACAGAUGGUUUGUUGUAUAAAAAGAUUGUCGAAGGGAAACGUGUGUUUAAAUUUUUGUUAGGUUUGAACAAAAAUCUUGAUGAAAUCAGAGGAAGAAUCAUGGGAGUAAAACCUCUACCUAGCCUCAGAGAGGCAUUCUCUGAAGUGCGUCGCGAAGAAAGUCGGAAAAAUCUCAUGAUGGGAUCCCAUCAACAACUGAAUAUGGCAGAAAGCUCGGCUCUUAAGACUCAAUUCGCUCCUUUUGACAACCGUCAAAAAAUUAAAGGAGGUAGACCUUGGUGUGAUCAUUGCAGAAAGCCGGGACACUCAAGAGAAACUUGCUGGAAGAUUCAUGGAAAGCCAGUAGAUUGGAAGCCACGUCAACCACUUGAGAAAAAAGGACGAGGCAAUCAUGUGGCUACCGAUGAACAAUCGCCACAACCUGAAGCUAGCCCUUUUAAUAAGGAGCAAAUGGAGAUGCUUCAGAAACUACUGUCUCCUCUUUUGUCAGUACAGUCACAAACUGGCUCAUCUUCCAACCAGCUCAUUGGUUCCGGAACCUUGGCUCACAAAGGAUUUGGAUUCGGGGAAGACGAUUGGCAAUGCUGAGGAAUGCUCUGGACUCUACAUCCUUAAGGAGCUCCAUGAUCCACAAGAACAACCUCAAAUGGCAGUUGGUAGUAAUUCUUUUUCGGUUUCAUGUCAAAAUAACGAUAAUGCAAUUAUGUUGUGGCACUAUCGCUUAGGUCAUCCAAAUGUUAUGUAUCUCAAGCAUUUAUUUCCUUCAUUAUUUCAUAAAAAUCCAAAAUCCUUUGAGUGCGAAA